AUGAUUCAUUGUCGAGUGAGUGGAAAGAUAGUUAGAUAAUUAGCUUCAUCAUCUUAUCCAUGUGAGGACUGAGGAGGAGGCUUCAUAUAGAGAGAGGGAGCGCGAUCAUCAUCACCUUCGCUUGUGAUAUGGAACACAAAGUCUGUGUCACUGGGGCUUCCGGCUUUCUCGCUUCUUGGCUCAUUAAGCGACUUCUUUCCUCUGGCUAUCAUGUCAUUGGAACAGUCAGAGAUUCAGGGAAGCAGAACAAGUAUGAAUACCUAUGGAGUCUAGAAGGAGCAACCGAGAGACUCCAACUAGUCCAAGCUGACUUGAUGGAGGAGGGAAGCUUCGACAACGCAAUAAUCGGAUGCAAAGGUGUCUUCCAUGUCGCUUCUCCUGUACUCAGCGUUAUAACUGAUCCUAAGACUCAGAUCUUGGAACCAGCAGUAAAAGGCACUCUUAAUGUGUUGCGCUCUUGUCGGAAGAACUCAGUUCUUGGUCGUGUUGUAUUAACCUCGUCAUCUUCGACUCUUAGGGUAAGAGAUGAUUUUGAUCCAAACAUACCACUAGAUGAAUCAUCCUGGAGCUCCUUGGAGUACUGCGAGAAACUCCAGGCAUGGUAUGCGAUGUCGAAGAUCGAGGCAGAAAGAGCAGCUUGGGAAUUCUGCAGAGAAAAUGGGAUGGAUUUGGUGACAGUUCUACCAUCAUUCAUCAUUGGACCCUGUUUGCCACCAAGUUUAUGUUCUACUGCAUCUGAUGUGCUGGGCUUGCUCAAAGGGGAAACGAAGAGAUUCCAAGUGCUUGGAAGAAUGGGAUAUGUUCAUAUAGAUGAUGUUGCCCUUUGCCAAAUCCUUGUUUAUGAAGAAGCUGGCUGCCAUGGUAGAUACCUUUGCAGCUCUGUAGUGAUGAACGAAGAUGAAUUAGCUGCAUUGCUAGCCAACCGUUAUCCUACUCUCUCCAUCCCCCGGUUGGAGAAAGUAGAUAGACCACAUUACGAACUCAACACUGAAAAGCUGAAGAGUCUAGGAUUUAAAUUUAAGAGCAUUGAAGAAAUGUUUGAUGACUGCAUUGCAUCUCUUGUUAAGCAAGCUCAUCUCACAAUUCCUAAAUGUCAAGAUAACAUUUGAAGAACUUCGUAGUUCGUUGAGACUGUAAUAUGAAGCUGAAUGACCAGUAACCUUACUUAAGUUUUCAUGUCAAGAGAUCUAUAUGUAUUGUGAUGUUUAUAUGUUUUUUUUU